GGGGGAUCAUGACGUCAGCCUCAGACAGAUCUCAGCGCGUUCGAUCAUGGAGCCAAGUUUGAAUGGCUAGUGAUUUAAAGCGUCGAUUCCGCGGCCGCUCCACACUACAUGGAACCAGAUAAACGGCUGUUUUAUUUUGGUCCGUGAAAAAGAAUCGUUCCUACUCAGUGACGUUUUGGUGCUCGAAUGCAUAAUAUCGCGUAGGAGUCACUGUGUGCGCGUUGAACGUUUGCUCUUUGCCUGUUUUCCUUCAUCGCUAAAUGGAGUCACGGGUGGAAUUCAGUCGCGAGGAGAUCAACAGUACAGUAUGGGAAGUUCCGAACAAGUACGUUUGCUUAAAGCAGAUCGGAAUGGGAGCUUAUGGCAGCGUGUGCUCGGCCAUUAAUAAUAAAUCCAAAGAGAAGGUGGCCAUCAAGAAGCUGCACCGACCCUUUCAGUCAGAGAUCUUCGCGAAGAGAGCCUAUCGUGAACUGAGGCUGCUCAAACAUAUGAAACAUGAAAAUGUAAUAGGCUUGUUAGACGUCUUCACUCCUGCCUCCAGACUGGACGACUUCCAAGACUUCUACCUGGUGAUGCCAUACAUGUACACAGACCUCUCUAAAGUCAAGGGCAUCCUUACAGAAGACCGUAUCCAGUUCCUGGUCUAUCAAAUGCUGUGCGGACUAAAGUACAUUCAUGGUGCUGGCAUCAUUCACAGAGACCUCAAACCAGGAAACCUGGCUGUGAACCAAGACUGUGAGCUGAAGAUCCUGGAUUUUGGCCUGGCGCGUCAUACAGAAGCAGAGAUGACCGGUUACGUGGUGACGAGGUGGUACCGGGCCCCUGAGGUCAUUCUAAACUGGAUGCACUACACGCAGACAGUGGAUAUCUGGUCUGUUGGGUGUAUCAUGGGUGAAAUGUUCAAUGGGAAAACACUCUUUAAAGGAAAAGACUACAUGGACCAGUUGAUUCAGAUAAUGAAAGUAACAGGGACACCAGGUCCAGAAUUUAUUGAGAAACUAGAAAACCCAGAGGCAAAAAGCUAUGUCAAAUCCCUGCCCCACUAUCCACGCAAAGACUUCUCAACAUUGUUUCCCAGAGCCAGUAAAAAAGCGGUAGAUCUGCUUGAGAUGAUGCUGGUGUUAGAUGCUGAUGCUCGUCUCACUGCUGAUGGUGCGUUGGCACACAGUUAUUUUGAUGGCCUGAGAGACCCAGAGGACUCCCCAGUGCCCACGCCAUACGAUGAUCGCUACGACAACGCCACAUUGCCCUUAGAAGAGUGGAAACGUUUAUCGUUUAAAGAAGUGAGGAGCUUUGUUCCUUUCCCAAGAAGAGACUCAAAGAGAAGAAACACACUCACAAUGUCCUAGUGAUAGUGGGUCUGACAUUAUAUUGUGGUUAUGCAAUUUAGUUUCCGCCUAUGAACAAUUUAGAAUUGUUUAUUUACUCCUAUAAAGUAUAUGAAUAGCAGUAUGUUGUACAGUAACUGAAUAUGUGGAAUAUCUGGACAUCUGGUGAAUGAACAUUUUAUUUUGAUAUAGUGGUAACUGUCCUACAUUUAUCGCCAGUAUGCAUGUCACCUUAAGGGAUCAUUUGCUCACCCUCACACCAUUUAUAAAGAAUUUAUUCCAUCCCUGUGCUCUUUUAGACAACUCGUGGGCCAUAUUCAAAGUCAUCUAAAGACAUAUGGUAGCUUUUUGAGGGGAAGAAACAAACCUAAAUUAUCAAAUUAUUUUACGCAAAAAAGAAAAUAAUUUUAGAUGAUAUGAGGGUGAAUAAAUGAUGACAGACUUUUUAUUUUUAGUAAACUAUCCCUAAGUGCUAUCUGAUUUAAAAAGGAUAGCCUUGUACGAUUUUGUAUUUUAGUGUUAUGGAUCUUAAAGGUCAAGUAUUUCACAAUCAGUAUAACGUUAAAAAGUUUGGGGUAAGGGAAUUUUUAUUUUAAUUUUUUUUAUGUACCGUUAUACUCGUUUUCAACAAGGGUGCAUUAAAUUGACCAAAUAUAUAAAUUAAA